AUGGGCAUGGGUACUUCUCGGUCCAAUGAUGAAGCAGGGACUAGUCGGGAUGGGUCGUUGUUUCAAAAUCCAGCUAAUGAGGAUUGUAUGGAAGACCACAGUGAUCCGGGCUACGAGUACCCUGCUAAUGAGGAUUAUAUGUAUUAUACUGAUCCGAAUGAUUUGGACUACACAUUAGAGAGUGGUGAAAGCGAGGAAGGGCGUUCAGUGUCUUCAGAAAGUGAUAAUAACGGUUAUGAAUCCGAGGAGUUUGAAGAAGAAGAAGUAUUAACUUCCGUACCAGGGCAGCGCAAAUAUAGCGAAAUGGGAAAAUGGGAUCCGUCCAGUAUUGACAGAGAUGAAUUCAGUCUUCCUAAGUGGGAUGGGACACCCGAUUCCAUAAAGUUAGGCACUUGCUUCAAGAAUAAGAAAGAAAUGCGUGCCUCGUUGAAGGACCACGAGUUGUGGGAAAUGGUGAAAUGGAGCAAUGUACACAAUUGUUUGAACGCCACCAAAAAGAAUAAUCAUCGGAAUGUGAGUGCUUCAUUCAUUGCUCAACUCAUCAGGUAUAAGGUUAAAGUCGACACGGAUUAUAGUGUCGCGUCAGUUCAAGUCCAUGUGAAAGAGAUGUUAGAUGUGGAUGUUUAUUACAAGAGGGUAUGGGGCGGAAGGCAAAAAACAACCGAGCUUGUUUAUGGCGAUUGGGUAUCAAACUUUGUGUAUUUUCUAAGGUACUUCGCAGCACUUGUAAAGAGCAAUCCGGGCAUAGUGGUAGAGCAAGAUAUUGAUGAGUUGUUUUGUCUUCAACACAUCCGCAACAACUUGGUAGCUACAUUCAAAAGCAAGAGAAUCCGGCGGUUGUCUUGGGAAAUGAGCGAAAAGCUUUCAUUAAGAAAAUUUAAAGAACACAAGCAAGAGUCGCGUCAAUUCAAUGUGAAAGCCCAUCGCUAUAUUCAAGAAAUUGAUCUAUGCCAAUGGACUCUUGUAAAGGAUGGAUACCAUCGUUGGGGUAAUUUGACGACGAACAUAUAUGAGAGUUAUAACAAUGUACUCAAAGGUGUCCAUUUCCUCCCUAUUAGAGCAUUGGUGGAAGCAACUUUUCACAAAAUUGUGCUUUUGUUCCUGGAAGAAUAUGAAGCAUCGUUAAAAUGCAUCACUCUGGUCUCUACAGAGCUGUGGGAGGACUUUGUGAAAUAUGAGAAGAGAGCCACAAGUCACAAAGUUGAUAGUUAUCCGAAUACUAAGUUCAAGGUGACAACAAAAAUGCGGUUAGGCGGUAAGGGUGGCAACAUGCAAACAGUGAGAUAUCAACAGAAAAAAUGUUCUUGCAAGAAGUGGCAAGAGUAUAGGAUGCCUUGCUCACACGCACUAGCUGUGUGCCGUGACAUCGGAGAUCAACCAAUCAAUCUAGUGGAUCCACAUUACAGGACAGUGGCAUAG